AUGUCGUCGGACAAUCUUAAGAUAGCCAAAACUGGUUCUUCCGAGUAUCCAGACUUCAGAGGACUAAAGCAGUUGAUCCAGGUGGAUGGUGUCAAGUUUUUGGCAACGGGAGACACACGAGUUGCUACGCUACACCUUACGGCUCAUCAUCUUGUCCUCGUAGAAGACCCCGCCCAUCUACGUCCCGCAACUCCUCCCAAACGACCAACAAGACCAAUAGAGAUAUGGAUGCCCUGUGCUUCGAUAGCAUCAUGUACCUUUCGGCCAACUCCGCCAGCUUCCGGUCAUCAAUCGUCAAUCAAAUUACGCACGCGCGACUUCAAAUUCCUGACCUUGAACUUUCCCGAAGACCGGCUGGCUAGGGAGGCUUAUGAGAGUCUGCGCAACUGUACAUGCAAAUUAGGGAGCAUCGAUAAGCUCUAUGCUUUUAUAUACAAGUCGCCACCCCAGGAGAAGGAAAUAAAUGGGUGGCAGCUAUACGAUCCCAAGGCCGAGUUUAGGAGACAGGGUAUCAGUGAGAAGGGAGCCGAUAAAGGUUGGAGGAUAUCGAAACUCAACUCUGACUACAACUUUUCACCAACUUACCCAGCCGUUCUCGCGGUUCCCACUACCAUUUCGGAUAAUGUAUUGAAUUAUGCUGCCAAAUACCGCUCGAGGGAACGGAUCCCAGCCCUGACAUAUUUACACCCGGUAAACAACUGUGCAAUCACAAGAAGCUCACAGCCAAGAGCGGGCCGUGUAGGGAAGAAUCGGAGUAUACAAGAUGAAAAGCUUGUAAGCGCGUGCUUCUCUGCAACUGCUUCUACUUCUCUUCUUGAAAAAGAUGCAACUCUUUCUGCACCAAUUUCCAGAGCAAGUCCGGCCUCAAGUCAAGUUGAACUUGAUCUUCCGAUCCAAAGUGGCGAGAUUCCCGAGACGGCACUGCUAGAAGAUGAAAUAAUAUCUGCUGCAUCAAAUAUCGAAGUAGAGAAGCCACAUGUCUAUGGCGCUCAACAAAAUAAUAUGAUUGUCGACGCUCGACCUCGGAUCAACGCAACGGCCAUGCAGGUUGCUCAGGGACUUGGUUCAGAAAAUAUGGAAUAUUAUAACUUUGCAACCAAAGUUUUUCUAGGAAUUGCCAAUAUCCAUGUCAUGCGGAAGUCCUUGAAUGAUGUCGUUGAAGCGAUCAAGGACUCCGACAUAUCCAAAUUACCGCCUAAUCGAGAUUUACUAGCAAGCAGUGGUUGGCUAAAGCACAUUAAUGGACUCCUCGAUGGCUCGGCCCUGAUUGCGCGUCAAGUCGGAAUUCUUCAUUCCAGUGUCUUGAUCCAUUGCUCUGAUGGAUGGGAUCGCACAAGUCAACUUAGCGCAUUGGCCCAGCUCAUGCUAGACCCUUAUUAUAGAACAAUCGAAGGAUUCAUCGUUCUAGUUGAGAAGGAUUUUCUAUCAUUUGGACAUAUGUUCCAGCUUCGAUCGGGAUUUUUGAACAGUGAAAAGUGGUUCAAGUCACAAAACGAUGCUCUUGCUGGUUCGGCAAUGCCACCAGUUGGUAGCGGAAAUGGAGGCGGCGAUGCUUUGGAAAAGGGGCUUUUAGCUGCUUCUUUCGCAACGAAGCGAUUUUUUAACAACAUCUCAAAUCCGAAUCCAAGUUCAGAUGCUGUCGAUUCUGAACCCGAAGACCUUGUACUAGCUGACACAUUGUCCUCUUCAAAGAUUGAUGGAACUUCCAAGAAGGAAGCCACAGACUCGAGCAACAUCAGUCCAGUUUUUCAUCAAUUCCUGGACGCCACAUAUCAGCUUCUCCUCCAGCACCCAACACGAUUUGAAUUUAACGAAAGAUUUCUUCGACGCCUUCUCUACCACCUUUACUCCUGUCAAUACGGCACCUUCCUUUACAAUAACGAGAAAUCCCGUCUUGAUGCCAGAGUUCAAGAACGUACCAACAGUGUAUGGGGAUACUUCCUCGCCCAAAAACCGGGAUUUACGAAUGAUAGAUACGACGGUGGUGAAAUCGAUGAUCGUGUCAAAGGCAAAGAACGUCUCAUUUUCCCAUACCCCGACAAAGUUCGUUGGUGGCACGGGGUUCUCAAUCGUACAGACGAAGAAAUGAACGGGCUACCAGUCAGUAACGCAGCCGCAGAGAAAUAUCUCGGUGGUGAAAUUCGUCCUGGGAGAGUUGCACGAAGCCCCAGUCCUGGGCAGCCUGGUGUGGGCGUACUCACAGGUGUGGAAACUGCGCAUGCUGCUCUGACUGUGAAUCGAAGUCCCAGUCCGAAGAGAACUCCACAAGUUUCUCCAGUCCAUCCUAACGGUGCUGGUGAUGCAGGGUCCUCAACGCCAACGCCAAUAGGACUGGCGAACAGUUUCGCAACCUUAAGAAACGGAAUUGCGGGGCUAGGGAUUGGGAGUGCGAUGAGUGGUGCUAGUGGGAAUGGAUCUUCUGGUAGUAAUGGGAGUCCUGCGAAUGGAGCGGGUAAGCAUCAGCCGAUGGAGGUUGAGAUGCAGUAA